AUGGCUUCGACGCGACAUCCGCCGCCGCUACGCAUCUACCAGGACCCUCCAGGCGCCUCACCACCACCACCGCCAUCAGCAACAGCACCGCCAGCGCCAUCAGCAGCAUCAGCAGCAUCAUCAUCACGGCCAGCUUCGUCCUCGUCAUCGUCACAGCCAGGCGCAAGGCCCAAGUCACAGCGUAAGCAGCUGCAGCCGUCGCCGAUGCCCCUUCAGCCCCUUGGAAACUCGGCCAGAAACAACCGCGACCUCGUCCUGAACCCGCCCUCCUUGGACCCCUUCUGCUCCAACAGCAGCCAGUCCCCUAUCAAGCACCAGCGUCGCACGAGCGCCCACCUCGCACACAACAGCAAUAAGCUGGAAUACCUACCCAUCACGGCUCCCAAGCCUGCCAGGUUUCCCACAGACUCGCCUGCAAAGAAGCCGCUUUCUCAGGAGCACCACCAGGCCCGGCGCCCCUUGCCGCCGCCAUCCUCCCGCCUGCCACUCUUCACCACGUUCCCCAGUGUGCCUACCAAGCCCUCUGGAGCUAGACCUGGAUCCUCUUCUGCGGGCAGGACGGGCUUCCACCAGGAAAACUUCUCUUCUCUCCCUCCUCCUCCACCUCGCUCGUCUUCUUCUCAUUCUCACUCUCAUUCCCGCUCUGCAUCUGCCUCCUCUGCUUCUGCUUCUAGUGCUACUGCUUCGGCCGCUUCAGGGAUGCAUGCUCCAGCUAAAAGAAGACUCACUGUGGGGAGCAGCGAUAUGGUGCCUGCAUCAAAGAAGCUCAGGCGUGAGGAGCUCGAGCAAGCCCCUCCUGCAACCCCUAGACUCCCAGAACCACAUGAGAUGCCCCCCGUCGAAGAUGACGGCUCCAAACCACCCUACAGCUAUGCUAUUCUCAUAGGAAUGGCCAUUCUACGUGCUACCAACCGCCGUCUUACCUUGUCUCAGAUCUACAAGUGGAUAUCAGACAACUUUGCCUUCUACCGUGCUGGAGACUUUGGAUGGCAGAACAGUAUCCGCCAUAACCUCAGUCUUCACAAGGCAUUUAUCAAACAGGAACGGCCAAAGGACGACCCUGGAAAGGGCCACUACUGGGUCAUCGAGCCUGGAAUGGAGGGCCAGUUCCUCAAGGACAAGCCCUUCCGUAAAGCUCCCAUCAUGUCUACCAUUCCAGCAACUCAGCAUCAGCCUGUGCCGCCUCUGAGCACGCCAAAACAACCAGACUUGCCCCCUCCAUCAAGCAAUACGGGUCUUUCUACCAUAAAUUAUAUACCAUCCAUCACAGUUGAGUCGCAGGACGUGGUGCCAGCAUCAAACCUCCAAGAUCUCUCGUCUGAUGCCACCCUCCCUGCCUCCGACCCAGCUCUUCAGGAAGAUGACGUUAGUGAUGAGCAGCCGGCCCCAUCUCUGGGUCGGGCAGAGCAGCAUUUCUCUUCGCCGCUACAGGCAAUGCGCUCAUCUCCACCGGUUGCCCCACGCAUAUUCCACCGUCAGGCAACCCCUCCAACACCCUCCCGACCUACUUCGUCUUCGGCCGGUGUUUCACGUUCAAAGAGGCGCAAUAAGCCCUCUAGCAUGAAUGACAGUGGUUAUUACUCCUCCCUCGAGUCUUCAGCCAUGAGGCCCCGUGUUGCUCCUGGACAUAUUUUGACAUCAGAGCUAGAUAUCGAACCUCCGCGUAUCAAACGGGGCCGUGCUGAAGAGGAGAUCGCUCGUAUUCGGUCUUCAUCCCACGAUAUCAGCCCUAUGCGUCUCGGCACGCUUCGAGAUUCAGCACAGGCCGCCAUUGGCUCAUCACCCCUUAGAAACGAAUACAUUUCCAUCCAUGCUGCACCCUUGACCCCAGCUAUCAAGUUUAAGAAGCCAGUCAAACCACCACCCUUCCUCUCACCAAACACCAACCUUCAGAACCAUCGCCGGAAGAUCCAGCAGAUGGUCAACUCUCCAAUCAAGCGUCUUGGCCUGGGUGAAGACCUACAGCAGCCAUGGAGCCCAGCAUUUAACAUUCACGAUGAAGUAUAUACCCCCAACGACAACCUUCGUCUCCCAUUUGAUCCUUUCUCGGACCAAUUCUUGGCCAGUGUUGGCACUCCCCCGUUCUGCUCUCCUGAAAAGCGUUCUGCUAAGGGUGACGGCCUCGGAGCGGGUGUCCUCACUGAUAUCACUGCCCUGAGCGCCAACACACGCCUAAAGACACCUAUCGACAAGUCCAAGGCCUACAGGUUCCAGGAGUCUCCUUGCAAACGCCUUGAACCAAACCGCUACAACGACGCCUCCAAUGACGAGCUAUUCUCGUUCAACCUUUUCAGUGAAGAUGGUGCGGGUGACGUCGACGGAGUCGACCUCCUACAGGGAUUUGAGAAAAUUGGGCAGCCAAAGGAAGAACGUUCACCCAAACAGUUCCUUGGAAAGGCUCCACGCUCGAGUCACGGGCCUAAGGGCGGAAUUCGAUUUUGA